AUGCCGUUGACUAACGGCGGGAUGGAUGAUCCUACCGAUUCAGCUGAACGAACUGCCGGAGAGAAAAAGACGACUUCCGCUAAGCGGGAUUUCCGCUUCUGGGCUAUUAUCGUGGGAUUAUGUAUCGCGAACUUCCAAUCCUCGCUCGAAAACAGUGUCAUCGUGACCUCUGGACCCGCCAUCGUCAAUGACCUGAAGAUGGGCGAGGAGUUUAUCUGGUUUACGAAUGCAUUCUUUCUAUGCUGUGCGGCCGUUCAACCCCUAUUUGGCCAAUUAUGCAAUAUCUUCGGUCGGCGAUGGCUUAUGUUAUUUGCCAUUGUCCUCUUCACCCUCGGCAGCGGCAUCUGUGGUGGUGCGAAAACUGGCGCCAUGCUGAUAGCCGGGCGUGGCGUUCAGGGCGCAGGGUCAGGAGGCAUCGGGAUGAUUGUCAGUAUCAUCAUCGCCGACUUGGUGCCUCUACGCGAGCGUGGCUACUUCUUAGCAAUCAUCAUGAUUCUAUAUACCGUUGGAAUGACUUGUGGCCCGAUCGUGGGAGGAGCGAUCGUUGAUGCGACCACCUGGAGAUGGGUCUUCUGGAUCAAUCUUCCAAUCGGCGGCGUCUCCCUUGCUUUGUUGUAUCUCUUCCUGCACGUCAAUUAUAACAAGGAGAUGACAUUGAGCCAGAAACUGAGACGCAUCGACUGGGUCGGCAACGGUCUCCUGAUGGCUGGUACGAUCGUCAUGUUAUACGCUCUCACCUACGCUGGUGUGAAGUACUCGUGGGGGGCAUGGCAGACGCUGGUUCCGCUCCUAAUAGGCGUGUUCGUCAUCGUCCUCUUCGCCUUAUGGGAGGUGUAUGGGCCGUCAGCGGAGCCCGUGAUGCCUCCUAAGCUGUUCCGCCACCGUACUUCGAUCAUAUCGGCUAUCAACACCUUCCUCCACUGGAUGCUUGUCUAUUGGGGCACGUAUUUUCUGCCUAUCUACUUCCAGGCCGUGCUGCUAUUCUCAGCUGAGCGCACGGGCGUGUCGUUGCUCCCCAUGACACUUAUUUCCAUCCCAGGUUGCGCCGUAGCAGCUAUACUUGUCUCGCGCUGGGGGAAGUUCAAGAUGUUACACUUGAUAGGCGAAGGGGUCUUCGCGGUAGGUUUAGGACUAUUCGCGCUCCAGUGGGAGGGAAGCACUACAGCCGAAUGGGCCACAUACCAAAGUAUAGGCGCGCUCGGAGGUGGCGUUGUCCUGGAGACCCUACUACCGGCUUUCCAAGCGCCGGUUCCUGAGAAGGAUCAGGCCGCUGCCACUGCCACUUGGGCUUUCAUACGAACUGUUGGCGGCGUCUGGGGUGUCGCCAUUCCCGCUACAGUCUUUAACAACAAAGUUGAUCAACUAAUCUACACUAUUUCAGACCCCCAAGCUCGUCAAUUGCUAGCUGGCGGUGGUGCCUAUUCACACGCAUCUGCCUCCUUUGUCACUUCGUUUCCCGACCCUGUUGUGGCUGAGAUCCGCGCCGUCUACAGGGAAGCGUUGAGGUUGGUAUUCUUGGUGGCGGUAGCUUUUGGCGGAGUAGCUACUUGGCUCUUCUUGUUAGAAAAGGAUGUUCCCUUGAGGCAACAGUUGGAGACUGAGUAUGGGUUGACGGAAAAGACAACCCUCGUGGGAAAUGACGUUGAAAAUAACCGUAACCGAUCCUCAACAUAA